UUAAUGAGGGGGGCGGUAUCUGCACUUAAAACAAGUACAAAGCGCAGGCUUGCAGGAGCACACGCCAACGCGAGCUGAGGAGGGUGACACGCAUGCUGCUUACCAGCUCCAGCUUGAUCAAAAGGUUUCUGCAGCGCACGCGCCCUUACGGUCUUCCUGGCCUGUUCAGCACCAGCAUGGCGGAGCAGCAGCAGCAGCCUCAGCCUGGGUCGGCCCCCGAGCACAUCGAGGGCUCCCUCUCCUUCCCCUUCCUGGACCGGGACGAGACGGUCGCGGCCCUGAAGGAGGCCCGCACCCUCUUCCUCCUGCGCGGGCUCCCGGGCAGCGGCAAGUCCACCCUGGCCGGGGUCAUCGAGGCCCGGUACCAGGACGCCUGCAAGGUGCUGUGCGCGGACGACUAUGGCAUGCAGCCGGCCGGGGGCGCCGAGCGCCAGGCCCUGGACGAGGCGCUGGUCAGCUGCUGCAAGGCCGGCACGCCCAUGGUGGUGCUGGACGACACCCACCACGAGGGGGCGCGGCUGGAGAGGCUGGCCGAGCUGGCCGAGGAGCUGGGCUACUGCGUCCUGCUCGUGGAGCCCAAGACGCCCUGGCGGGCCGACCCGGCCCAGCUGCAGCUGAAGACCCACUGGAAGGAGCUGCCCGAGUCCGCGAUGAGCGCCCUGGAGGCCGCGGCUCUGCCCCUGUUCUUCGGCUGGUUCCUGGCACACAAGCACGCGCUCGAGCUGGAGAAGAGGAGCAGGGAGUUCCUCAAGACCCUGAGCCAGCUGGACCAGUUCAAGCAGCACAUCAGUCAGUUUACCAGUGAGGAGCUGGGGUCUCAGGGGGAGGUGGACUUGGAGAAGCAUUUCCAGAGCAGAGGAGUGCUGCACUGCACCACCAAGUUCUGCGACUUUGGGAAGGCUGAUGGAGCCAAGGCCUAUGCAGAAAAAGAGGUGGUGAGAGAGUCCAUGGGCUGCGUGACCGUCCUGCAGAUCUCCGCCUUCUUCGCCACCCCCAGGACGGUGGGUGCCCGCGUGGCGCUCACCGAGGAGCAGCUGAGGCUGUGGCCGCCGGACGCGGAGAAGGAGGUCAUGCCGGAUGUGGACCUUCCCCUGGGGAGCCGCGCCCACGUCACCCUGGGGUGCGCCGAGGGCGUGGAGGGCGUCCAGACCGGCAUCGACCUGCUGGAGUUCGCCAAGCUGGAGAAGGAGGGCUCGGGGGACAAGGUGCAGGACCUGGGGGACGGGACUCUGUACUCCUACGGCAACGACAUGUGGAUGCUGCGCCUGUCCCGGAACGUCGAAGCCCCGGCCAUGUUCUCCGGCUUCUACGGCAAGAAGGAGGAAGAGGGAGGGGCCGGAGCGCAGGAGAAGCCGGAGGAGGAGCAGGGAAAAAAGGCGGAAGCUGGCGAGGAGGAGAAGGAGGAAAAAAAAGAUGGGCAGCCAGAGGGAAAGAAGAAAUCCAAGUGCUCUGUCCAGUAAUGGUCUCCCCCUGUAGUAUCUGGCAGCUGUGGCACAGUGAUUUUUGAUGUUAGUGUGCAUUUUUCUGGCAUUUUGCUUGUGGAAAGCAUUUGGGGAGGUUGAGGGGGGGGGUUUGGGGGCAAUCGGGGGUGGCUAGGGGCUGGCGAGGUGAUCUCGCUGCCCCUUGUCAGUCUUGUGGUGCCGCUGAACCACUUUCUCCACAUGCAUCCGAUCGCCGCUGUGAUUUAGACACUUCACGGCAGAUAGGGUUUUUCUUGGCACAAUUCGAGUCUUUCCUGUUGUGCAUUUUUUUUUUUUUUGGAGUGCUGUUGCUGGAGACCAAAAAGCCCCCUGGUCACAUAGGUCCAAGUGUGGAGGUGGACAGAAUGCAGGUUUUAUACAAACUUGUUCUGGCUAAUAUUAAUGGUGUUUAACUCCCCCUGUGCCUUGCUAAAUGAAACGAAGUGCCUGCAGGCAUUUGGUACAUGGGUGACAUUCUGAAAAGGGCUUUCUGCCACUUUUUAGCCCCUCCGCAUGCAGUUAAACAUUCGUUUUGCCUUCACUGCAUGUUGUACUAGAGGCACUUGACCCAAAGCGAAGAUUAAAGGUGUGCAGUUGAAGUCUGUGGAGCUUUCUCGGUGUAUACAAGUCUUAACACUCUGCCUGUGUAUUUUCCCUUCCCAGUGCAAUGCCUCUUAAAUCUGAUCUGUUUGAAACCUGUGGCACUGGGUGGCUGUGCUUCUCAGGAUCACAGCUUUGCAGAGCUGAUUGCUGGCAGUCCCAAAGCACUUCUUUGCUUUUGUGUUGAUAAAUAACUGGCUUUGUUUGCACUUUGGUUUUUGGCCUUUCUUUGCACUUCUGUCCAUGGAAGACCUGGCUCUGAACCUGUUCAUGCGGUUGAUUUUGUAGGAAAGCUCCACUAGCUCUUAUUGUGAUGAGGUACUAUAUAUUUUUGCACUAAUGUAACUGUUUUUGUAGACUUAAUAAAACUGUGCUUGCUCUAA